CUGCAGGAUAAAUAAUAGCAGACCACAUACUGUAGGGCAUGAAGAAAAUUUGAAGAAAAGUAUGAAUAUACAAACUAAGAUCGACCUGCUCUUGAUUGGAAAAACCGGGAAUGGCAAAAGUGCAACUGGAAAUUCCAUUGUAGGAAAACGAAAGUUUGCGAGCGAGUCCAGUACAUCUUCUGUGACGAAAGAGUUCGAAGCCGAUAUCUCCGAACACAACGGUCGCCAGAUUAAAGUCGUGGAUGGUCUGGCAUUUUGUGACACAAGGCUGGAUAAUGAACGGUCAGUUGAGCAGUUGAAUGAUGCAGCAAAAUUGGCUCUGGCAGCCAAUCCUGACGGCUAUCAUGCUUUUCUUUUCGUCCUGAAAUACGGCAAUAGGUUCACACGUGAAGAACAGGAGUCGGUUGUGUUGUUAAAGAAAAUAUUCGGAGAUGAUUUCGUUCAAACCUUUUGUAUUUUAAUUUUGACAUGCGGAGAUGUUUUUCAUCAAGAUCAGGAGGAAACAGAUCCAGUAAGAUCGGACUUCUCAGACUGGUGCCAAAAGCAAGAUGGCGUCUUUAAGGAUUUGCUCGAGGAGUGUUGCAAUAGGGUGAUUUUGUUUGAUAAUAAAACCAAAGACGAGAAAAAGAAAAAAGAACAAAUUGAUAAUUUAAUUCAAAUGGUUGAUGAGUUGAGAUUUCGCGAUCGACGUUAUACGGAAGUUCACUAUGAAAAGGCUCAGAAAAUCAAAGAUAAUGUGGCAGCCAAACCAAAGGUGCUCACGACAAACGGCGAGGCCACGGUAAAAGAAGAACGUCCAGUUGUUGGCCAGCCUCAAGUCUUACAUGAGACAGUAGACUUAGCCACACUUGACAAGAUGAUGAGUCAAACUAAUACUGUACAGGUCAUACUGACCAAGCAGGAAGAAUGUUCUGGAGCUCUUCAAGAACUUACUCAAACCUUGGAUUCUCUACAAAAACAGGUUUCUGGUGAAGGCGCUAUCUCUCGCAGAUGUAUUGAAGAAAUACAACAAAGUCGACAACAGGAAGAAGAAAAGAAACAGGUAUUCGAUAAAGAGCUGAAAUAUCAAAGAGAGGAUUAUGAAAAUCAGAUUGAGGACUUAAAACGCGAUGAGUUACAGGGAAGGGAAAUAGAACGCAAUCACCAGAAGGGAUUUGAAGAUCUGGUGCAACAGAGGCGAGACACGGAGCGCUGACCUCAAAGGAUUCACAGAGUAAUGGAACAAGCAGGACAAGCACAGCAAGAAGGGGGAAUGUUUGACCUCAAACAUAUUCUUUCGGAGAGCCUGAAACUGGUACAAGAAGGAGAGGGAACGUUUGACGUCAAAAAUAAUCUUUUGGAAAAACUGAAACUGGUACAAGAAGGACUGAAGGUAGUGGAGAAUGAACAGAUAAACUUAAGUCAGCAGCCGUCUUAAGUUUAGGUGAGAAUCCCAGUGUUGCCUCAACCGUGUGUCACUAAUGAGCUUUGUAAGUCAAAGUAAAUUAGGCUGGUGGUGUUUAGGCGGCGGAGUUGUUCUUCUCUUAUUUUAAUUAAAAUAAAGUUACAGCACUGGCUGUUUGCAAAA